AUGUCCAACGAACGCACGUACAUCAUGAUCAAGCCGGACGGGGUCCAACGCGGACUCGUCGCGGAGAUCAUCGCGCGAUUCGCCCGUAAAGGGUUCACGCUCCGCGCGAUGAAGAUGAUGAACGUGACCAAGGAACACGCGGAGAAGCACUACGCCGAUCUCUCCUCCAAGCCGUUCUUCGGUGGAUUGGUGUCGUACAUGUGCUCCGGCCCGGUGGUGGCCAUGGUGUGGGAAGGUAAGGAUGUCGUGAAGACGGGGCGUAAGAUUAUCGGCGCGACGAACCCGGCGGCGAGCGAACCGGGCACGAUCCGAGGUGACUUCUGCAUCGAAGUCGGUCGCAACGUCAUCCACGGCUCGGACGCCGUCGAAAGCGCCAACCACGAAAUCGGCCUCUGGUUCCCGGAGGGCGUGUGCGAGUACGAACCGUGCGCCAAGGCGUGGAUCUACGAAUAA